AUGAGAAGCAGAUGGAUCACAAAAGCGACGAUAAAGCGUUUUAAGCCUUACUGGAAAGUAUUCAUAGUCAUAGCUGUGCUCACAGUCUUCUUAGCAGCUGUUAUUGUAAUUGAGAACAUAUUCUUUCUGUCAACAGCACUCAAUCAGAACCCCCUGCUGUUAUUUCUACCCUACCCUCUAUCGUGGAUACUCAUCGUAGCAGCUUGCAUAUUUGGACGUUUAGCCUUCGUUCUUCACGCGACAGACUCCAAAAACGGUGCUGUGCAUCAUAUUUCACCCAGCUUAUGGUCAGGAGAUAGCCGACCAUCAACAGCCAAUUCGGUGUUCUAUUCAACACAAUCGCUAACUCAUGAACCAUUGAGUGUAUCCUACAACUCGCAAGUCUUUCUACCUCAUGGCACAAAUUAUGCACCUCAAUCGCCGUUUUCCAUCGAAGAAGCAGUUUCCAGAAAGCACUAACUGGCAGACCCGGCUUCGCCCUGCCCUGUGAAUAAUAUAUUCGUAAUCAGCAUUCUCAUCUACUCCCCUGUGCCAACUUCCAGCCCCGUAGCUCAAACUUUUUGAAAAAUCAAUAAAAUCGAUAUAGAGGAGUUAUGACACCCGCCCCGCCCCAAAGUGUAUGUGUGUAAAGUUUGGUCCGGAUCGGUUCAGAAAUAAAAAUU